AACCGAAUCCAAGCAUCAUCUUCAUUGAUCCUUUGGUUUCUGUAAUUGCAAUUCUUUUCCUUUUAUUCAUGAAUCUUGCAUCUGAUACUUUGCCUCAAUGAUUUUUAGUUUGCUUCAUUCUCGACUUUUCUUGCAAAAGAAGCAAAGUUUUUAGCAGGAAUCAUCAUAAAUCUCUACCCUUCUCCUCUCUUCACAGGUGCAGUUUAUUAUCUUUGCUAUUUUUUUCCUGGUGUUUUUCUCUACUGACAAUCUGAAACAUUAUCAAAAAGUAACAGGUUUUCAUCAGAUACACGUCAAUGGCUUCUUUGUCCAACUUAGUUAUUGGAACUGCAAAGUUAAUAUUUGCUCCCAUUGAAAGAUGCUUGAACUUCAACAGAAAUUUAGAUGAAAAUGUGAAGAUUCUGAAAAAACUGUUGAAAGAGUUGAAUACUGUUACGGAAGAUACUGAACUAAGAAUAAGUGCAGAGAUUCAUGGUGGGACAAUGCAGACAGAAGAAGUGAAAAUCUGGUUGGAUGACGUUCGAAGGAUCAAAAACGAAACUGAAGUCAUCGAACAAAAGUCCGGAGAAAAGAAGUUUCUUUCGCGGGUGUUCCUCGGAAAGCCGGUUGAGGAAAAGGUCGUGGAACUCAAGGCUUUUCUCAGAAAAGGCAAAGCAUUUCUUGGUAUGCUAAAGUCAUUCAAGUACAUAAUUAUUGGUGGCGGAGUUGCAGCAGGGUAUGCAGCUAGGGAGUUCAAUAGGCAAGGCCUUAAGCCGGGCCAAUUGGCGAUUAUUUCGAAAGAGGCGGUGGCACCUUAUGAACGUCCUGCUUUGAGCAAGGGAUAUCUGAAUCUGAAUCCAAAGGCAGCUGCAAGACUGCCUGGAUUCUAUGUCUGUGUUGGAAGUGGAGGUGAAAGAUUACCUCCUGAUUGGUAUAAAGAAAAAGGAAUUCAAUUGAUCCUCGGAACCGAAAUUGUUAAAGUAAAUCUUGGUUUGAAGACUCUCAUAAGUGCGGCUGGAGAAAUUUUUAAGUUUCAGAGGUUGAUAAUUGCAACAGGUUCCACUGUAAUAAGGUUGACAGAUUUCAAGGUAGAAGGAGCUGAUGCCAAGAACAUCUUCUAUCUGAGAGAACUCGAAGAUGCCAAUAAGCUUGUUGAAACGAUUAAAAUGAAUCAAAAUGGAAAGGUUGUGAUUGUCGGAGGAGGGUACAUUGGUCUUGAAGUUGCAGCAGCUAUGAGAAUCAACGAUUUCCAUGUUACGAUGGUUUACCCUGAGCCCUGGUGCAUGCCUAGGCUUUUCACCCCUACAAUUGCUGCAUUCUAUGAAAGUUACUAUGAAAAUAAAGGGAUCAAAAUCAUCAAAGGAACUGUUGCGAUUGGCUUCAAUGCUAAUGUAAAUGGAGAAGUUAAGGGAGUGAAGCUCAAGGAUGGCAGGGUGGUCGAAGCCGACAUUGUUGUCGUUGGUGUUGGAGCAAGACCCUUGACAACAUUAUUCAAGGGACAGCUUGAAGAAGAGAAAGGCGGGAUUAAAACUGAUGGAUUCUUCAAAACAAGCGUGCCUGGUGUAUAUGCAGUCGGAGAUGUAGCCACUUUCCCCAUGAAACUAUACAACGAAUCAAGGAGAGUCGAACAUGUCGACCAUGCCCGGAAAUCGGCUGAACAAGCCGUGAAGGCUAUUAAGGCAAAUGAAACAGGUACAGAACUUGAAGAGUAUGAUUAUCUUCCAUACUUUUACUCUCGAUCCUUCGAACUUUCGUGGCAGUUCUAUGGAGACAAUGUUGGUGAAACCGUGUUUUUCGGAGACAACAAUUCAUUAUCACCAAAGCCGAAGUUUGGAUCUUACUGGAUCAAAGAUGGAAAGGUUGUUGGAGCUUUCCUUGAAGGUGGGACUCCUGAAGAAAACAAGGCUCUUGCUAAAGUUUCAAGACUCAAAUGCCCAGUUGAGAACUUGGAUCAACUUAAAAAAGAAGGGCUUUUAUUUGCCAGCAAGUUUUAAAAUGUUUAUGAUUUGUUUUUAGUGGGACAAAAUUCAAGGUUGUCAUU